AUGAAUAACCAAACCUGGCUCUGGCAACUGGUUGUGAUCGCUCUGCUGGCUGCCAGCCAGGCUAAGCAACGUCCUUUUACAAUUCAAAUCAAAAAUUUUACCUGUUGGCCAACGGAGCCUUCGUUGUUUACCGACUUAAGCUGCAGCAGCAGCAAGAAACGUGGCGCAGCCACGAUGAGCGCGCGCUUCAGUCUCAGCCAAGCACUUGAGCAGUUUAGUCUGAUGGUCGACUUUGACAUUAUCAAAAAGGAUAACUCAAAGAUGAACAUACAGCAUACUAAAAUCGAUGGCUGCCAGUACUUGACCUCAGCAUGCAAGCACAAAUUUCAAGGCGGAAUCUUUGAGACGGUGCUCAAGGUUAGCAAUUUGCCCAGAGGAUGUCCAUUUCAAGCAAACAAAGUCUACGAGGUACGCAACUACACAAUUACGCUGGAAAGAAUCCCCAUGGCUUUGCCUUCUUUAACAUACCACGUCAAAAUUAAGUUCUUUCGGCUGAAGCAAACAAUUGGCGAUGCUCUCCUUGUUGCUUCUGCCAUGUAUUGA